AUGAAUACAGUAAUAUCUGGCUCACCUCAUGAGCCCAUGACAAGAUCGAUUGCCUGCGACCUUGAGAAACGAGGGUAUAUUGUCUUCGUUACUGUUACAUCAACAGAGGAACAACAUGUCAUCGAGAGUGAAGCGCGAGAGGAUAUUAGGCCGUUAUGGUUUGACCUCUCACAACUGAGCGCUGUUAUUCUCAUACCCUCCCUCAACUACCCUACGGGCCCGGUUGCAGCGAUCCCAGCGUCCAGUUGGGCUGACACGAUCAACACACAUAUCUUAUACCCUAUCCUCACCACUCAAUUCCUCCUCCCUCUCCUCACACUUAAGUCGAAUCCCGCUUCCGUCGUCUUCGUAUCUCCAGCCAUUCAAUCCGCCCUCUCCGCUCCAUUUGCCAGUCCCGAAGUAGCGACUGUACGUGCUAUAUCUGGCUUUGCCACAAGCUUACGCCAGGAGCUGAAUCUAUUAGUUUCAUCAAAUGGCAAUUCUAGUGGUGUUGUUGAUGUUGUCGAGGUGAAAAUCGGUAACAUCGAACUUGGUCGCCAAUAUCGAAGUGGACAAAGACAUAACAGUAAAGGAACGGAACUCCUUACAUGGAAGCCGCACGAGCGGGCUCUUUAUGGGUCUCCUUAUCUCUCGAGCAUCGACUACCGCCUGGGAAAACCUAUAAAUAUAGCCCCGAACUCUAGUCCGGCGCGAGAGUUGCAUUACGCGAUAUUCGACGCGAUUGCUCCAUCUAAAAAGACCAUUUUUGGAUGGCGCAAAAAGAAACCUCGCACUAUUCAUGUUGGUCGGGGGUCUAUUGCAUACAGCAUCAUUUCGCGGAUCAUCCCUGGUGGAAUGAUUGGAUGGAUACUUGGUCUGCGACCUAGCUCUCUUGAUACCUACGCCGAACGACCAACGGCCGACGAAGGCAAUGCAAGCAGCAACGAGGCAGGCUGGGAGAGAGUUGCAGGUGCCUAA